UUAUAUGGAAAACCUGUCGAUGGCAGUGCAUACGUUCUGUUUGGAGUGAAAAUGGAUGAUGAAAAGAUAAGCAUCCCGGAAUCCCUGAAGAGAAUCCCUAUUGAAGAUGGAGAAGGAACAGUGGAGUUAACCAGAGCCAUGAUUACAGGAAAGUUCCCGAAUAUAACGGAACUUAUAGGGCACUCGAUCUAUGUCGCCGUUACAGUUCUGACAAAUGCAGGAAGUGAUAUGGUGGAAGCAGAAAAAACAGGAAUUCAGAUUGUAACAUCUCCAUACAAAAUUUUGUUUACAAAAACUCCAAAAUAUUUCAAGCCUGGAAUGCCCUUUGAAUUGAUGGUCUAUGUAACAAAUCCAGAUGGUAGUCCUGCCAACAGAAUCCCUGUGGUAGCAGAGCCAGGUGGCGUUAGAGGAAUGACACAUGGAGAAGGAACAGCAAAGCUCACUAUAAAUACACCAGCUGGACAACCAAACUUACAGAUCAAGGUAACCACUGAAAGUCCAGUCCUGCCACAACAUCGUCAGGCCACUGCUACCAUGACAGCCCAGCCAUACAGACCACAAGGCGGCUCUAAUAACUAUCUACACAUUAGUGUGGCUGCAACUGAGGUAACACCGGGUGAAAACAUCAACAUUAACUUCAACUUGAAGAAUGAUGCAGGCAUCCAGGACAAAAUAAAGUACUUUACGUAUGUGAUCAUGAGCAAAGGAAAAAUUGUUAAAGUGGGAAGGCAAGCCAGACAAGCUGGACAGACCCUUGUGAUUAUGUCCUUAAGUGCAACAGCAGAUUUUAUUCCUUCAUUCCGGAUUAUAGGCUAUUACACUGUGACUACACCAAGAGGAAAAGAGGUUGUUUCUGACUCAGUAUGGGUUGAUGUGAAAGACACCUGUAUUGGAACGCUCCAAGUGAAACCAGCUGAAGACCGAGACAAACAAGUUCAAGAACCAGGGGGAAGAAUGAGACUGAAGCUCAUUGGAGAUCCUGGAGCCAAGGUUGGGCUUGUUGCAGUAGAUAAAGGAGUUUUUGUCUUGAAUAAGAAGAACAAGAUGACCCAAACAAGGGUCUGGGAUGUGAUUGAAAGGAAUGACAUCGGCUGUACACCUGGAGGAGGGGCUGAUAACAUGGGGGUGUUUCAUGAUGCUGGAUUAGUGUUCCACUCCAGCUCUGGAAUUUCAACAACUGAGCGCUCAGCACCAGAAUGUCCAGCACAAACAAAGCGAAAGCGUCGAUCUGUUGUACUAAUGCAGGCUAAAGGUGAAAGAGCAAGCAAGUACCACAGCGACCAUAAGCUGAAAAAGUGCUGCGAAGAUGGGAUGUACGAGAACCCAAUGGGCCAUUCCUGUGAGCGGAGAGCGGAGUAUAUUAUUGAUGGACAGGCAUGUGUUGAUGCAUUCCUUGACUGCUGCAACCAUAUCACCAAACUCAAAAAGGAAAAGAAAGUCGAUGUCUUACAAAUUGCAAGAAGUAGAGAGGAGGAGGGAUACAUGUCUGAAGAGGAUAUUACGUCUAGAAGUCAGUUCCCUGAGAGUUGGCUGUGGAAUGUGGAAACGUUACCUGCUGUUCCCAAUGAAAAAGAGCUCAGUUCAAAACUGGUGCAGCUGUUUUUGAAAGACUCAAUUACCACAUGGGAAGUGCAAGCUGUUAGUAUAUCUCCACAAAAAGGGGUCUGUGUUGCUGAGCCAUACGAAAUCAUAGUGAUGAAGGAUUUCUUCAUCGACCUUCGCUUGCCCUAUUCAGCUGUGCGGAAUGAACAGAUCGAAAUAAAAGCAAUUCUCUAUAAUUAUUCCCCUCAAGAAAUUACAGUGCGCAUGCAGCUGAUACACAAUCCACAUGUAUGCAGCGUAGCAACAGCGAACACAAAAUAUUUCAAGGACUAUACUAUUCCAAGAGAGUCUUCCAUCUCUGUGCCAUAUGUCGUUGUUCCCAUGGUAUCAGGAGAAGUGGAAAUGGAAGUGAAAGGAUCUGUCAAGGGAAAGUUUGUUUCUGACGGUGUGAAGAAGAAGCUGCGAGUUGUUGCUGAAGGAAUGAAAGUAGCAAAGAAUAUAAAAAGUGUUAUCCUAGACCCUGUUUCAAAAGGCAAAGAUGGAAAACAAGAGGAGCAUAUAAAAGCCAUUGACAUGAAGCAUGUUGUUCCACAUACUGAGCCCGAGACAUAUGUCAACGUCAAAGGAGAUGUUGUUGCUGAAACGAUUGAAAACUCCAUAGAUGGGGCAAAUCUAAAGCAUCUCAUUCAAGUGCCCAAUGGCUGUGGGGAACAGAACAUGAUCACAAUGACACCAGCUGUUAUUUCAACACAUUAUCUGGACAAAACAAGCCAGUGGGACCGACUUGGACCAGACCGCAGAGCAGAAGCCAUCAAGUAUAUAACACAAGGUUACACACAACAGCUGGCCUACCGACAGCCCUCCAAUGCAUAUGCAGCUUUUACUAACAGACCAGGAAGCACUUGGCUGACAGCAUAUGUUGUGAAAGUCUUUUCCAUGGCACAUCGACUUAUUGCAAUAGAGCCCCAGGUUCUAUGUGGGGCUGUCAAAUGGCUGAUUCUAGAAAAGCAAAAACCCGAUGGAAUCUUUAAGGAGGAUGCACCUGUUAUCCACGGCGAAAUGAUAGGUGGCUUCAAAGGAGCAGAGCCAGAUGCAACAUUAACAGCAUUUGUAGUGAUUGCACUGUCUGAGUCCCAAGAAAUCUGCAAUAAGCUUGUUGGUAGCUUAGAUGAUAGCAUUAAGAAAGCCAUUGGUUACUUGAACUCGCAAUACGAACGACUUCAGAGGACAUAUUCUAUAGCGAUCGUAUCGUAUGCAUUGGCAAUGAAUAAUCACUUGGAGACACCCCAAACGCUGAUGAAAGCAUCUACAGAUAUGAACCAUUGGAGAGAUGCAGCUUCCAACCAGUAUACCUUCGAAGCCACGGCCUACGGUCUGCUGACAUUGGUUAAAAUGCAGAAGUUUGAUCUUGCUGGUCCUGUUGUAAGGUGGCUAACAGAAAAGAGGUUCUUUGGGGGUGGAUAUGGCUCUACACAGUCAACAAUCAUGGUUUUGCAAGCUGUCGCUCAAUACAGGAGUGACAUUACUGAAGUCAAGAAUUUUGACUUAGAUGUAGUGAUCAACCUACCUGGUCGAAGCAAACCUGUCGCUAUAAGAAUUAAUCAGGACAACGCUUUUCUGGGAAGGUCUGAAAGGACAAAACUCAAUCAGGAUUUCAAAGUGGAGGCAUCGGGGACAGGACAAGGAACUCUAACGGUUCUGACCCUUUAUAAUGAAGUAGUGAAAGAGGAUCAACGAAAAUGCAAUAAAUUUGAUCUGAGUGUCACUGUUGAAGUCGAUGAGUUUGCUGAAAAACCAGCAGGAGCUUUUAACACAGUCUUUGUUACCGUCUGUACAAGGUACCUUGGGGAGACUGCUUCAACUAUGACAAUUCUGGAUAUUUCCAUGCUGACUGGCUUUUCACCAGACCUGAAUUAUCUUAAACGGCUUAAAGAUGGAGUUGACAAAUAUAUAUCCAACUAUGAAAUCAACAAAGCACUGUCUGACAAAGGUUCACUCAUCAUUUACGUUGAUAAGAUUUCCAACAAAAGAGAUGAAUGUUUGAAGAUUAAAACAGACCAGAUAUUCAAAGCAGGCUUGCUUCAGCCUGCCUCUGUUACAGUAUAUGAGUAUUACAACAAUGAUAAUCGCUGUACCAAGUUUUACCAUCCAUCUAAAGAAAGUGGCCUCCUCAGCAGAAUUUGUUUGGGCGAUGUAUGCAAAUGUGCUGAAGAAAACUGUGGUUUGCUAAGAAAAUAUGAUAAAUCUGUGACCGUCUUAAAUCACAUCAAUGAGGCCUGUGAUCCAGGACGCGAUUAUGUUUAUAAAGUCAAGUUUCUUGCUGUGAAUAUUUCUGCAAGCUAUGAUCACUACACAGCCGAGAUCUUGGAAGUUAUCAAAGCAGGGAGUGACGAUGCUCAAAAAGGAUCACAGAAAAUCUUCAUCAGCCAUUCAAACUGCAGGGAGAUUCUCAGUCUGAAGAUUGACAAACAGUACCUGGUCAAAGGUCACAUCACUGACCUCUGGAAUUUACAGAAAGAGAUGGCUUAUGUUAUUGGAAAAAAUACACUGCUAGAGUGGUGGCCAAAUGAUGUCGAAUGCCAAGAUAUUCAAUAUCAGAAAAUUUGUACAGAUUUCAUUGAGUUUUCUGAAAACAUGCUGUCAUUUGGAUGUCCAAAUUAGCCGUUUCAUUAAUUUCUGGGAAUUAAACCUUUCACUUUUGAAUAAAUGCAUAGAUGAACAGUACCUCAGCAUGUCCUGAGCUGCACACCUUGGAUAUUCCUGAAGUUUGGUAAUCUAGUUUAUAAAACAAAAUAUUUGCUUUGCAAAUAGCUAUUAAAACAAAUCCAAACAAAAUUAUUAUCAGUAUCUAAGCACAUUCAAUAUUUCAUUAAUAAUAUACUUUCUUAAAUAAAAUUUAUAUUUUUAUCCA